CCUGUUACCAUAGUAACACGUAAACUUUGCGGUUAACAGCGUUAGUAAGUUAAAGUGAUUUCUCUACAGGAUAAACUGUUACUAACCCACACUGAGAGUUGGAGUAACAGGGGAAAUUUAAAAUGUCUUUAUCCAGGACUCAGAGCCUCAGAAUGACCGCUGCACUAGAGGACUGUUCAACCAAGAUGGACAUAGUGAGACAUUUACUGACGGUGCAGAUCAGCGGGGAGCCAGCUGCACAGGAGAAGGUCAGGCUGGCCAAGCUGACAGGAGACUGUCAGUACAUCUCACUACAGAUGUCCACGCUGUGUUUGGAGCUGAGGGAGAAGCAGAGUUUUAUCUCUCUGCUGCAGGUUGUGGAGGAAGAAGAGCAGAAGCAGAAGGCUGACGUCAAGACAAGAGAGGCAAAGAUAGAACUGAAGUAUAGAGAGCAAGCCCUACAGAUGCAAAUGGAGGCGUUCCAAAUAAAAACUGACAAACUGAAGGACAUGGAGCGCCUUUGCAGAGACAUGGAGAAACAGCACAAAGAGCAGUUAUCGAAGAUUGCCAACAAAAAGAAGACUGAGGAGAGAAGUGCUGAGCUGCAGCUCCAGCUGAGACAGAAAGAGACGUGUCAUGCAGAGAAACUGCUGGAGGACCGGCUGGAGCUGCUGCAGAAACAGUUGAAGGAGGAGAUUAUGUUACACCAGAAAUCUGAGAAGUUCCUGCAAAAUCAGCACGAGGAGCUGAAGCAGCUGUUGGACAAGUGGGAGCAGCGCACAAAGCAGAUGCUGCAGGAGAAGGAGAGGCAGCUCAACACUGUGUGCUGCAAGAAAACGCUGAACUUUGACAAACUAAUGGAGAGGAAGAGGCAGCUCAAGGAGAUGGAGCAGGUGGUGAUGGAGGACAGGGAGGAGCAGAAGAAACUGCUCCAAAAGCAGAAGGAGGUCAGAGCUGCUACCAAGCUGCAGGCCUGGUGGAGAGGCUGGAUGGUCCGCCGAGGUCUCGGCAGUUUUAAAAAAGCAGAGGAAAACAAGAAAGGCACAGCGAAGAAGGAAGGAAAGAAGAAAAAGAAGAAGUGACUUUUCACUGCAGUACUGCUUCCUGAUAGUGGCAACAUGUACAGAAUUUAAUUACAACAAUAAACACUAAUGAUACAAGUGAAA